CAUCCUGUGAGAGAUGUAAGGUGUUUGUGGGUUUUCUUUAUCAGACGUGCCACUGCCCAAAGUCACCAUGUCAAGCAGGAAGUACAGAGCACUUCUGUGUCAGAGUCCAUCAGAGCUGAGCUGCUUUCAGACGACUCCGUCUUGUUGUGGAUGCUGAAGCUGAUCAUGGUUCUCCUGUGGAUGAUCCUGUUGGUGGUUCUGCUCUGUGCAGAGGCCGAGAACGUGACCAAGGUCAGAGAAGAGCUGGGGACCAAUGUCACUCUAACCUGCUCCAAUCAGACAUCAGACACACACUGGUACAUGGAGAUCCACAGUCAGUUCAGAGCAUGUAUCAGCCGCAGUUUUUCUACAGCAGACUCUACCUACUGCUCUCCUGAUUUUGAAACUAAAUUUUCAAUCCUGGGAAACAAACUCGUGAUUAAAAACUUGACAGCAGAGGACUGCAGGCUUUACUUCUGUGGCAUCAAGAGAGGAGGCAGCACUCAGUUUGUGGACACUUUCAACCUCGUCUCAAAUGUCACUCGGCCUGCCAACAACCCACAAAACAACUGCUUUUUCAGUCUGUUGAUCACCAUAUCUAUGUCAGUUGUCGCCUUCAUUGUUCUAAUAAUCACUUUUUCUUGUAUAUUGCUGUGCUUGAAGAGGAAAAGCUACAGCAACCAGAGGGAUGAUAUCUCACUUCACAUCUAUGAUGUACCAGAGCCGCUGCAGGAUGUGAAGGUAAUUAAACCACUGCUAUUACUAACAAGACUCAUAAUUUGAAAGGUAAGGCUUCAAAAACUAGAAACUACAAUGUAAACUGAAUGAAUGAUUUUAGUCCCAUUCACAGUUAUUAACCUGCAGUGAGAUAUAAUCACAAAAUGAA